AUGCACCAAGUAAGUUCCCAGGAAAGAGAGAUCAAGAACAAAAGAAAUCAGAGCCGGAUCGAGGAAAAACCAAAAUCGUCGAUUAAUCACCUUAUUCCGAUUAUCACCGUCCGAGGUACUCCCUGCUUCCGUGGGUAUGGUAGGAGAAAUGGAGAGCGUAGGAGGAAGUCAGUUCGUGGAUGCAUUGUUAGUCAAGAUCUUUCAGUUUUGAACUUGGUUAUUGUGAAAAAGGGUGAAAAUGAUCUUCCUGGACUGACUGACACUGAGAAACCAAGGAUGAGGGGUCCGAAGAGAGCAUCAAAAAUCAGGAAGUUGUUCAACCUGUCUAAGGAGGAUGAUGUUCGGAAGUAUGAUGCAGUUGAUAACAGGAAUGUUGGAGUAAAUUCUAGGAAGCCAGAAGUUAAAAAUGAUAUAGAAGAAGAGAUGUCUGUGAAGCAUCUGACAAUGAAGAAAAGAGUCAUUUGUGAAUUGCAAAAUCAAUAG